CUCUCCUUGAUACGAGAAAAUACGAUAUGUAAAUAUUCAACAUGGCGACCUUCUUUGGAGAAAUUUUGCCAGUCACGUCCCGUGCUGUUGACGAUGAUGAUGAAGAUGAAGAUGACGUACCUGUUGCAAGUUCCUCCUUUGUACACUGGUCGUCUAAGACAAGAGAGGAGAUGGAGAAGACUGCCACUAAGAUGCUGCCAUGUGAUACACUCAUCAUUGCUGUGGGACCAGCAGCAACAGGAUUCACACAAACGUUCAUAAUGCAAGACAGAUAUGAGACACUAGGAGGAGUCUUCAGCGGUUUGAAAGAUCGAGAUAUUGUGACACUUGGUCAGCAGUCACCGACAGACAAAACAUGCUUCCUGUACAGAUCCCUUGACAGUCCUGGGGUGGUCGUGUGUCAGUGUAAGACUGAUGUAACACAGGAACAGUGCUUCUCCUGGGUGGAAGAGGUUCUAGGUGGUUUUGAGCUGUCCAGUUGUUAUGUGGCUGUGCUGUGCUCUCUGAUGACAAGUGAAUAUAAAAGUGACAUUCCAAUCUCAGAACUCACAACUCCAUUUUUACGAGGGUUGAAGACGGCACAUUACCCAGCAUCCCCUGCCUGUGCGAUCCUGGAGCAGCCCAGUAUGUUGACCGGACUGCCCGCCCAAGUGAUGAGCUACUGCCAGGUGCACGGGGUGAAGGCCAUCGUCUACAUCAGCUACACCGACUCCAUCUUCCUCGACCUGCCCACGAUGAAGAUGUUUAAACCACUGCUUAAAGCAACACCUCUCAAGGAUGUUGUUAAGAGCAAUCCUCAAGGCGACAAGAUGCUGCUGAAAAUUGUUGACCAACACACAAGUCAGAACACACUGUAUUUGUAGUGAUCUGCGCUGGGCACUGGCCUCCUUUGUUAACACUCGUAUAGACAGUGCUUAAGAUGAAGGCUGCGGACAUGUUGGAGCUUACCGUGAACUGCCAGUCACUGCAUCAAUUAGUAUGCUGUUCAAUCUAUCUUCUGGCGGAAGGGUAGCCGAGUGGUUGAAGGUCGGCUUGUCACACCAAGGGCCUGGGUCGAGUCCGUUGUGGUACAUGGGUGAAGCCCUUUCUUGGUGUCCCACAUCAGGGCAUUGUUGGAAUAUUGCUAAAAGUGCUGUGAAACCAUCAGGGAGUAAUCAGGAAUAUUCAGCCUGCAUUGGAGGCAUGGAGGCAGUAGGGUAGCACAGUGGUUCAAGUGCUUGCCUGUCACAUCAGAGACUUGAGUUCAAGUCCCAACAUCUAAACAAGUACACCCUGUUGAAGUAAUGGACCAACUAAUGACCUCUCUCUACUAUGCUUGUCGUAAGAGGUGACUUAGGGGAUCGGGUGGUCAGGCUCGUUGACUUGGUUGAAGCAUGUCAUUGAUCCCAAUUGCAUGGAUCGAUGCUCAUGAUAUCAAUCACUGGAUUGUCUGG